AUGCACUCCGGCAACGCCGUGCAAUACGCGCCCUUCAACGCAGCCAAAAGCAGUCUCCUAGCCGGACUCAAGCACCAGAACGCCAGCUGCGACCGGCCCGGCGAGCAAACCGCCACGUUCUACCUCGACGACGGCGCUCUAUUCCUCUACGACGCCUCGGCCACUCCGCAGGAGAUCUUUGUUGAUCGUUCUGGAAUGGGCCAAGGCGUCAUCGGAUACACCACCGGCGCCGAACCCGCCCCGACAAACAGCGAGCGCAAAGGCUGGGCCAUCACCAGCGACAACCACCUGCAGUUCGCGGGGCAGGACCUCAUCGCUUGCCCCGGUAGCUUGGAGGAGGGCGCGUUCAGCAUCUGGGCUGAUGCCGGCGUGGCCAACCCCGGAUACAACCAGGGCUGUGUGGGGAUUGCUGCUCGGGUGCAGGUUGCCCAGAACCCUAAUGGGUGUCUUUAUACCAGCCAGUAA